AUGAAUGCUAGUGCUGUGCUGUGCUUUUAUAACGAUUUUCAAGAUUUUCAUGAAACUAGAAAAAAUACCCAUCCAAGAAUCAAGAUUCCGUAUUCUAAAAAAAAUGGAUCGUCACAAUUUCAAAAAACUCGAAAACAUAGCCAUCAAAUAAUCAAGAUUCCCCGUCUUCAAGAAAAUGGACCAUCACAACUUCAAGAUUUUCAAGAAACCCGAAAAAAUAGAGUCAAGAUUCCUGACAAUAGACUCCUAAUUGUUCCUGAAAAUAGUCACGAAUUACCCAAAAUCCCCCGUCGUAAGAAGAUCGAAAAGCAUUGUACGUUUAAAAUUGACGAAAAUAAGCUCGAGAUUGCUAAAAAGGAAGAGUGUAAUACAAGUAAUGAAGGGGGUCGUGAUAAGAAUAAGGUGAUGAUGACGAAAACGUUUUUACAUAGCAAAUCGGAUAUUGUUAAGAGGGUAGUGAUUGAUGAGAGUAAGAACAUUGUUAGGAGGGUAGAAACGUUUUGGUAUGAUAAUUCUUCAUCGGACGGCGGUGAAGAGGAAAGUGAUAAUGAGUAUGCAAAUAUGUCGGAUGAAGAAUUAAAUAGAAGAGUUGAGGACUUUAUUCAAAGGUUCAACAAGCAAAUUCAGCAUCAAAGAGAUGUUUAUUAG